AUGAAUUAAUAUAAUGAUUUGAUCAUCAAAUGCCCAAACCCAGAACAUGCCAAUAAUGUGAAGCUUGUCUGCUUUGAUGAAACUUGUAAAGCUGAUAGAUUAUAUUGUAUGCAAUGUAGCAGAAAUGGAAUACAUUUUUCUCAUCCUCAACAUCAAUAUCAAUUGUAAAAUUUGUUUGAUCAUAUUGAGAAAAUCGAAAAAGAAUGCGAUGAUUUAAUAAAUAGGUUAAACAAGUAAAUGGAUUUUGUUUAUUAAUCAUUUUAUCAACUAAUUGGUGGAAUCAAAACUAAAUAUUAAAUAUCUAAAGAAUAAAUCUUUAACCUAAAUUCCAAAUAAAUAAACUCCAUCUUGUCUGAAACUAUCUAAUUCAAAUCAUUCAGAUCCACUAUUGAAAUACUGAUUCAAAAAUAUUCGAACGAACUUUAAGAUUAAAUAUAAAAACUAUAUUAAGACUUAAAUUUAAACUAAUUGAACUAUUAUCAAGUGUCUGAUUAAGAUAUCAAAAAAUCUGAAGAAUUAUAUCAAAAGGGUAUGAAAAAUUAAUAUUAAGGAUAUAAACUAUAUUGGUAUGAUCACAAAUAUGAGGAAGCAAUAGCUAUUCUUGAUUAAGCUUUAAGAUUAAAUUCUAAGCAUUAAUUGGCAUUGUGGUGCAAAGGUAGGAUCAUAAUUUUAAUCUGCUAGCGGAGAGUCUAAAGAUGCUUGACUAAUAUAAUGAAGCUAUUAUUUGGGCAGAUAAAGCUUUGCAAGUUGAUCCAAAGCAUUUCAAUUCAUUAUAUACAAAAGGUAUAAAUAUUAAUUUUCUUUUAUAGCUGAAAGCUUAAGAAUGCUUGAUCAAUAUAAUGAUGCAAUUAUUUGGGUAGACAAAGCUUUACAAAUUGAUUCUAAACAUUGCAAUUCCUUAUUUACUAAAGGUAGAAUUCAUUAUUAGUUUAGCUUCUAGUUUAAGAGGACUUGGUUAAUAUAAUGAUGCAAUUAUUUGGGCUGACAAAGCCUUAUAAAUUGAUUCAAAGCAUUGUAAUUCAUUGUCGACCAAAAGUAUCUAUUUCAGAUUAUUGUUAAGGUAUAUCCCUAAGAAUGUUGAAAAAUUAUGAAGAAGCCAUGACUGUUAUUGAUUAAUCUCUUUAAGUCAAUCCCAAUCAUUUGGAUUCAUUAUGGUCAAAAGGUGAGAAUAUAUUUUUAUAAAUAAAUAGGCAAGCUGCUACAGGAUUAAAAUUAAUAUUAAGAAGCUUUAAUGUGUUAUGACAAAGCAUUAAAGAUUAAAGAUAAUCAUUAGUGGACUAAAGAUAGGAAGAGUAAUUUUAUUUUAAUUAACUUAAAGAUGAAUGUCUUGAUGCUUUAAAAAAGAAAUGA